UCCCACAGCUUUCCCACCAGCGCUCUCCGCAGGCCCAGCGGCCUCCCAGCAAGGCGGGGCGUGCCCGGCCUUCAUCGCUCUGCCGCCGCAAAGCCUCUCGGGAGUUGAAGUCCCGCACACUGCAUUUUCCAUGGCGGGUCCAGGGCUUGUGGACUCCGUGUCCCAUGGAGCGCUGCGGGGGCCCGGCGCCCGGCCCGCGGCCCCGGCAGCUGGCGGCAGGGCGGCUAGUUCAAGUUGCCAUAGCGGCGAGGUGAGGCGGGCGGAAGGCGCCCGGGGACGGUGCGGCCUCGCCUCGGAGCGCUGUGCGGUUGCUCGCGAGAGCAAAGAGGAAUGCUUAAACACAAAUAGCUUCAAGACACUGAUGGCAGAUUCAUCCAGUGAUUCAGACAACUUUCUUUCGGGUCGAAUUGGAAGGCGCCCUUUGAGAGUAUCCCACAACAGAGCUCAGAACUAUGGUGCUGAAGAAGUUACAGAGAAGAUCCAUACUUUAGCAAGCACUUUGCAGGAUACCAACAGAAACCUAAGACAUGUUGACCAUUUGCUAGGACAAUACAGAGAAUAUAACAAGGAGCAAACCAAAGCAAUAACAACUUUAAAAGAAACACUGGAGCAAUCUAUAGGUCAAUUAAGGAGCCAGCGACUAACACGGAACUCUGGAAUGAGAAGUGCGUCUCUCUCAAGCUUAUAUCCCAGUGACCUGGAAGGAGAAGGAACAUCAGGCAACCGCCACUUCCUGCCCACUUCUCCUCUCAGGGCUUACGGGGACUCGCAGGGCAAUAGACAUCGGAGGUCUAGAUCUGCAAGUGUUCGAUUUGUCAGUGAGGCAGAUAAUGUGGACCAGCUGCAUUCUUUCCACCAGUCUCUUCGAGAUCUCAGCAGUGAACAAGUUCGCCUGGGAGAUGACAUCAGUCGUGAGCUUUCACGAAGAAAUCGGACUGAUGCUGAAUUAAGAAAGACUCUAGAAGAAUUGUCGGAAAAGCUCACUGAGUCUCAAAGGCAAGAAACGGUAUCAGAACGUGUGGAGAGAAGACUUCAGGAGAUAGAAGAGGAAAUGCGUGCUGAAAGACAGCUCGUAGAAAGGCGCCAGGACCAGCUGGGCCACAUGUCUCUUCAACUACAGGAGGUUUUAAGGAAGCAAGAUGCUAAAGCAGAUGAAACAGAAGAACUCAUGAGAAACAAACUUGUGAAAUAUGAAAGUGAAAAGCACCAGCUUGAGCAGGAAUUGGAGCAGUCCCAGAAAAAGUUGAGUGAAUCUGAAGGCAGUAGAGAAGCUCUUUUGCAUCAGAUUGAGGAUCUUCGUUCCCAGCUUUUGAGAGCAGAAGAAGACCGUGUAGAAUUGCAACAUCAAAUUUCCUAUGCUGCUAUGCAUCGCCAGGGCUACCAGGAUGUACAAGAUGAUGACAGGAGAAUUAGAGCAGCUGAAAGAUAUGAGAGAGAGAAGCAAGAUCUAGAGAAACAUAUUUUGGAACUUAAAGCAAAGCUGAGUCAUAAUGCUGUAAUGUCAGAGGUAGAAGAACUGAAGAGAUGUAUAGACCGUAAGGACAAGGAGAAAGCACAGCUUGUAAUGCACAUACAGGUACUAACAUCUGACCUGGAAAACAGGGAGAAGCAGCAGGAAAAAAUGCUGGACCAGCUAAAGGAGAUACAGAAUUCCUACAAGGCUUGUGAGAAUGGACGCAGACAAACUGAACUGCAGUCUGCUGAGCUAGCUCAACAGGUUGAAGAGAGUACCAAGGAAGCAGAACGGUAUCUCACUGAAUUCAAGCAUUCAGAGGCACUUAGGCUGGAGAGUGAGAAAAAAAGAGAAGAUUUGAAGGUGAGAGCCCAGGAAGCCAUCCGCCAAUGGAAAUUGAAGUGUAAGAAACUGGAUCGUGAGGUAGAAAAACAAAAUCAAACUAUCAGUGAGCUGAUGGACAAGAAUAAUCAGGCCCUCAAAGAAAAAGAUGAUCUCAAAAGUCAGCUUCUCUCAGCCAUAAACCAAAUAGAAAACCUGCGGAAAGAGCUGAAUGAUGUGCUUACGAAGAGAGCCCAGCAGGAAGAGCUCCUCCACUGUAAAGACAUAAAACUGAAUGAAAUGGAGUCACAUCAGGUAUCUCUUGAAGAAGAGAUCAAAGAAGUUCAAGGUACUGUAAAAAAAAUGGAGAAUGAGUUGAAAAAGGAAGUCUUCCUACAAAACCAAAUGCAAGCUGAGAAGGAACACUUGAAGACAGAACUUGCAACUAUUAACUUGUUUCAUAAAAAAGACCAAGAACGACUCCUAGAAAUGCAAGCAGAUGUAAAAAAUUUAAGUGCCGUACGUGUGGAACUAACAAACAGAAUAGCAGAAGAGGAGAAAGCCAAAAAGGAAUUACUUAAGAGCCUCUCAGACCUCCAGAAACAGCAGGAAUCUAGUCAUGAAGAGAUGAUUUCAGCUAACAGGCAGCUGAAGAUGGAAAGAGAAAUUCACCAACAGGAGUUGGCAGAUCUUAGAUCAGAGUUGCAAAAUGUGAAAAUCAAACAUGAACAAAAUGUUCAAGAGCUUACAAAACUCCUUAAACAAGAAAAAGAUGAUGCAGAGGCUCAGAUUAGAAUGCUAAAGAUGGAACUUUUAGAAGAGAAAAACAUAGUCAAGACUCAGUGUCGACAACUGGAAAAAAUAAAAGUUGAGUGUGAUAAAUUGACGGAAGAAUUAACCCAAAAUAAGGAAGAAAAUGUAAAACUAAAACGGAAAUGUGAGUUUGUAAAACAAGAACUGGAGAAAAAGGAAAAACAGAUCAGCAAUGAAGAAGAUCAUUUGAGAAAGAUGAGUGAGGCCAGACUGCAAUUUAAAGAUCAGCUGCGUCACUUAGAAAUGGAACAGCAAUCCAUUCUUUCCGUGAUAGGAAGUGAAAUUGAUGCUGCUUGUGAAAUCUUUUCUCGUGACUACAUGGAGAAAUUCAAAGCAAUAUCCCUUACACCAACAGUACUGAAUGAUCCUCAUCGCUGGUUAGCAGAAACAAAGACUAAGCUUCAGUGGCUGUGUGAGGAGGUAAAGGAAAGAGAAAGUAAGGAAAAAAAGCUGCGAUGCUACUUGCUGCAAAGCCGAGAGCAGCUCAAGCACUUUACACAGAUAAAGGAGACUGAACAUCAGUCUCUCUUUAAACAGAUAAAAAACCAAGAAAAACUUCUGGAAGAAGUUCACAGAGAAAAAAGAGAGCUACUGGAGAAGACACACAGAAGAGAGGAAGAAAUGGGAGCUCUCCAGGAACGUAUUAUGGCCUUAGAAAUGAGUACCCGAGUAGCUUUAAACCACCUGGAAUCUGUGCCUGAGAAACUGAGCCUGUUAGAAGAUUGCAAAGAUACCGCAGAGUCCCAUUGCCAAAAGGAGAUGAUUGAGGAGAGGUAUAUGAAGUAUAAAGACAUAGUGAGGUCUUUGCAGCAACAACUGGAAAAUUCAAAACAAAGAGUCAGGCAAGUCAAGGAUGUGAAAAUGGAUGCUGAAAUUUCUGGUGUAGAAGUGGCUGCUCACUCUUCUAGUUGGCGAACUCAGAACAGCUUUUUGUGCAGCUCACUGCUUUCAAGUUCAGGUUCACUUAAGAAAGGGAUGGUUCCUUUGGAUACAACUGCCACCAAGGAAGAUUCUACCAAUGUUGCUGUUAGUGAAAUGAAGCUGCAAACAGAAGGAGGAAAGCAGUAGAAUAUUUUACAAAACCACAACAGUUUUCUCUGUGGUAAAUUCCACUCCACUCUUUUUUUUUUGGUUUUGAACAGUAGUAAUUCCAUCUGCUGUAGCAGUGAGCACUCUUAAUGAUUCAGCAAUUGCCAAACAGUCAAAUGAAAGAGCACCAAGAGUGAUUCUGAUGAACGCUUGUGAUAAUUUAAGUGACUUGUACACCAAAGGCUUUCUGGGAUUUUGCUAUUCUCUUGUAUUUGUUUCUGCAGUCCUCCUAGACUAAAUUUAUUGUAUUCCUGAGAUACUGUGAAGUGAAAUACCUGUGACAUUAAUAUUUGCUAUGAGCUUGUUUUCCCCUGUACAGGGAUUGUUCUGACACUUGUUUUGUUAUUAUGUUUAAUCAAAAAUAUUCAGAAAUUGCCUAUUAUUGUGAGAGAGGGUCAUUAUACAGUGUUGUACAGACACAUUUGUGAUUUUAGGUCCCCCAGUUUGAAAAAAAUCAUUUAAGGAAGAAGUGAUAAAAUUUUCUCAAAGCGAGUGAAAAUUCACAUUUUGGUUUCAGGUUCAGCAUAUAUGUAUUGUAUGUUGUCUAGAAUUAUUCUUUUGGCCAGAACAGUUUUAUCAGAUGGCCUCAAUUAGGCACUUUAAAAAAUCUGAAUCUCACUCAUCGGUGUCAAGAGUGUUAAAAGGCAGUUCUAUGCGGCUGUGAAAAUUUUAGAAGCAGUGUUUAAUGUUCAUUUAUUUAUUCUGUUUUGUUCUCUAUUAGAGAAGGUGUGUCAUAUUGAUUGUAAAAUACUAUGGAAAUACAAUAUUGCACAUUUGUAUUUGUUCAGAUAUCACUAUUCUAAACAAAUGGGACACAAUUUUCCAUUACAGUGGUCUCAAAGAGCAAAUCACAGAAGAAUUUUCUGUUGUCUAAAGAAAUCCAAGUGUUUCUGAUGGUUCUUGUUUUAUUCUCCUCUCAGCUACUUCUGACUGGAUCACUGCUAUAGUGCCUAAAAUGGUUUGCCAAAGCUAUUAGAGUGCUGUAGCAACAUUAACACCUUUCAAACAAUUUUGUUUUGCAGACUUCUGUCAUAUUUAGGAAGCCUACUUCUUCUCUGAAGCACUGUCUUCUUUUAGCACUGUAGGUGUCUCAGGUAUAAUUCACAGGCCAUGAUGUGCCAUCUCAAAAGAGGACUUUUUUAAUGCUCUGGUGAAGUGUUCUGUAGUCCCAGUGGGUGCUCUGGCAGUGCACUUCCUUGACUGUCACCUUGUGUUCAACCUGUUUAAAACAGAACAACAUUCUGAGAACAUCAAAAUCAGACACAGAAAUGAGAAAAAGAUUGAGUUCAUUCUCCAAUCAUUUUCCAUGACAUUAAAUUGCUUUAAAUUUUAAAAAUAUCUGAUUUGGUUAAAAAGUUUUCUUUACUUUUUAAUGUAUAUUAUGCUGGGCAUGGUUGCGCUGGCAUUGGCUUUUUGCAGACUUCUGGCACAUCUGCACAUUCAGAGGAUCAAGAAAAGAAAACAGGCACUUCCAUCUGUUCUGAUCUCAAAGGCCAUGACAGGGACAAGAAAUAAAUCAACAAAUAAAC